GGAGGGCUGAGUCCUGCCACUGCUUCUCCGAAGCCUGCGCUGCCCGCAGAGACAGAAGUUCAUCCCCCUGCAACCCACUUCCACUUCUUCACAGUGUUCUGCAUAUCUCAGCCCUUUACCUGGGGCUCCUGGACAGCUGAAGAUUGUCAGGGUCACUGAGAAGAGUGACUACAGCUGAAAGCCUGGGGCUUGCCACAGCAAAUCCUUCUGUGCCCAGGAUUAACAGCAGACCCUCCCUUUGGCAGUGGUCAGAGGGGAAGAAUCCAACUUCUUAGAACAUGGCAGUCUUCAUGGAAUUUUGACAAAGAGGAAUUGUUCUUCAAGAGAAACCCUUCUCCAAUUUAGGCAAGAAAGUUCUCAUUGUCUAUGCGCAUCAAGAACCCAGGUCUUUCAAUGGAUCCUUGAAGAAAGUGGCUGUGGAUGAACUUGGCGCGCAGGGCUGCACUGUCACCGUUUCUGACCUGUAUGCCAUGGACUUUGAGCCGAGGGCCACCAGGAAAGAUAUCACUGGUGCUGUCUCUAAUCCUGAGUUCUUCAAUUAUGGGGUGGAAGCAUACGAAGCCUGUAAAAAGGGGGCUCUGACCAGUGACAUAAUUGACGAGCAGAAAAAGGUUCAGGAAGCUGAUCUAGUGAUAUUUCAGUUCCCGCUGUACUGGUUCAGCAUGCCGGCUAUCCUGAAGGGCUGGAUGGACAGGGUGCUGUGCCAGGGGUUUGCCUUCGACAUCCCAGGAUUCUAUGAUUCCGGUUUCCUCAAGAAUAAGUUGGCCCUCCUUUCAUUAACCACGGGGGGCACAGCCGAGAUGUACAUGAAAACCGGAGUCAGCGGAGAUUAUCGAUAUUUCCUAUGGCCCCUCCAGCAUGGUGCCUUGCACUUCUGUGGAUUUAAAGUCCUUGCCCCUCAGAUCAGUUUUGCUCCCGAGAUUGCAUCAGAAGAAGAGAGAAAGGCGAUGGUGGCCUCCUGGGCCCAGAGGCUGAAAACCAUCUGGGAGGAAGAGCCCAUCGACUGCACGCCUCCGUGGUACUUCGGGCAGUAAUGCUUCGUGCCACGUCCACAUCACAGGAGCAGCACACGGGGAGCUGCAGGCAUAUACACAGGGAGCAGGGUCCUGUAAUAAAACAAGGUCACAACCAAGCAAACUGGAUGUAUUGAAAGACGGGCAGGACUGAGUGUCUUAGCCAGAUCUAGCAUUUCAUCUAGCAUCAGCAGGCUGUACUUGGGGGUGCUCUCAUGGAUGACAUUAUUCACCCAGGCUUGCUUUUCUUUGCCAGUAGCUUUCCAUCUCCCUGUUUUCAACCUUCAUGGGUAUUCUUGUGUUCAAACAGUUCUCCUGGAAUGGCAUAGUUUUUUUUUUUUAAUUUCAUAACUCAACUUGGAAAUUUCUAUUUUUUCAUAGGAAAGUUUAAUCUUUCAUAGCUAGUGUUUUAGUGCUGCGUUUGGACUUAUUUCUUCCUUUUUUUUUUUUUCUUUUUACUUGCAUGCAUGAUGGCUAUGAAGUUUUCACUGAACAGCUGUUUCACAUGCAUUUAAAAUCAUUGAGUGCAGGUUACAAUGAAAAUCUCCAAGGAGCGCUCCUGGGUGACUCAGUCAGUUAAGCGUCCGACUCUUGAUUACGGCUCAGGUCAUGAUCUCAUGGUUUGUGGGAUCGAGCCCCAAGUUGGGCUCUGCACUGGCAGUGUGGAGCCUGCUUGGGAUCCUCUCUCUCUCUCUGCCCCUUUCUUGUUCUCUCUCUCUCUUUCUGUCUAAAUAAACUUAAAGGGAAAAAAAAAAGAAAAUCUCCAGGUGUCACUCUGAGCGCCCUACCCCUGUGCACGUGUUCAUGUAACACUACUAGUGAUUACCCUGAAGCGUAGGCACAUGUAGCUGGAGGGGUCUCCCUAAAAGCAAGUUUAAGAGAUUAAAUCUCUUCCUCACUUCUGAGGACCGAGCUACUGCCUAUGCACAGGGGCCCUCCUUCCUUAGCAUCCCCAGUCCCACCCACAGUCCCCACAUCAGACUCCCCACACCACUCCUCACCGGACUCUCCUCAUCACACUCCUUGUUGGCACCCUCAUCUUUGAGCAGCCUGUCACCUGCUCCGCCUCUUUCUUCCUCAGCAUCUUCAGAUCCUUUUCCAUCUGCAUUUUCUUCUUCUUGUUUCCGUCUGGUCCAUCAUCAACCAAAUUCUCUGUGUGUGUCUCCUUUCCAUCUGAAUCUUCACACACAGCCUUCCCCACCAACCACUCAGAGCCGCCAUCCCCAGAUUCUCAUUUCUCAGGAUGGUUCCUUCCUAACUCCUUUUCAACACCAUUUUCUGCUCGUUAUUUCUUGGAGUCUUCCUCAAAGCCCUUUUCAGAGCAAUCUUCAGAUUCUCUUUCCAAGACGUCUUCUUCUUCAGUUUGCUUUUCAGGGUUGCCUGCAGACUUUUUUGUUUUUUUCUCUUCAGAGUCUUUUUUGAAGGUCUUCUUUCGAAACUGUUCUCUUCAGACUUCUGGAACUGCCUUCUGCAGACUUUUUGGGGGCCAUGUUUUUUAGCAUCUUUUUUCGGAAGCAUCUUCAAAAUCUCUCCCAUCUUCCCAUUUUUCGAAUAUCUUUCCAUGGAUAGAUUCUUCAAAUGCCAUGUUAGUUGUGGCUUCUUGAGCAUUCAUCCUGGAUGUGCUAGGGUGCUCUGGAAAAGCCUUACCUUAGAAGGCCUUGCUUUUUGAAGCAAAGGUAGUAUUUGAACAUUGAACACCUCUGUAGGCCUCAGGAUAUGGAAGGAAGACUUCCACAAAGCUGUUCUGCUCUUACACUUGGGGUCUUCUCAGCCUGGUCAUCUAUAGCCCCACCCCAUGUCUGUAUAGGAAUCCCAUGGGUCUUCUCAGCCUGGCCAUCUGUAGCCCCAUCCCAUGUUUAGACAGGGGUCCUGUGACCAUCACACCACCUUCCAUCGAAGGUUUGAGUACAAAGAUAGCUUCCUCAAAGACACCGAGGUUAUGCCAUCUGGUGUCUUUUAAAGAGAAGGAGAUUCCUGAUUGACCCAAGCUUUGAACACUCUCAAAGGUUUUCUCUGACCGUGAUCAGCACCAAUGGACCAUCCUCAAAAUCCAUAGGAUGAAACACUUUGGUGAUGACCAUUCCCUCAUGGGGCACUAAGGAUGUUCCAGCAGUCCAGGUGCUUUUAUUCCAGAACCAGAUCCUUCCUGUGGGGCUUGCACCUCUUCCUUUCUGAUGCCUCAUAUUCCCCUCCAGUUGAAACUUAGCUACCUCAAUAUGUGAUUUCUAGCUUCUAAUUUCAUCUUCAUGCAAAAGCAUUGCACAAUCCAGAUUCCCUCUUCAAAUAACUGCAAAGCCCAUCUGCUUUAAGAUUUCCUUGUUACCUUUGUAAAACUUGACCAUAAAGUCUCUCUGAAGAUCUCAGAAUCAUGCCAAGUCAGAAGUUGUAUAAAUGCCUCCACCAUAAUGUCUGUAGGCAAACCAGUUGCAUUUAUAUUUGUAGCUCUGUUUUCCACAUGAAGGCUUUCUUUUUUCUCUCCUUUUUGAGAUUGGUGGAUUGGGGGUGUUUCUCUGCAGAGGUUUUUUUUAGCAUUGGUGGCAGAUUUGCCAUCAUUGAGAAACCAUCAUUAGCCUAAUAUGCAGGCAUGAAGUCUCCAGUGAUCUGAAACCAAGCCUUCUUGCCUGCAAGGAUGUCAGCCAGCUGCUCCUCGAAAGGCUGGGUUUCUCCACUGGAAUUCUUGGUGUCUCUGUAUAGUUCUCGAAUUUGCAAUUGCUCAUUUGCAGAUUCCUCAUCCAAGCACAGCUGACCCUUGAAGAACACAGGUUUGAACUGCACAGUUCCUCUUACACGUGGAUUUUGUUCAAUAAAUAUACUGGAAAAAUUUUUGGAGAUUUACAACAAUUUGAAAAAACUCACAGAUGAACUGUGUAGCCUAGACCUACUGAAAAAAAAAUGUUGAA